UUUUUUAGGGGGAAAGUCAAUUGGCCAUGUGGCAACACUGCUCGGCCUCCUGUUCGUUUUAGUUUUUGUUAAUUUUAAUUUCAACUGUCUCUUAAAACGGCGAUCCUUUAGCUGGGGUCCAUUGUUUACCACACGCUCACGUGUGCGAAAGUGCCUUGACCGCAGUGCCUUCGAAACUGAGCCAAAGCUUGCUCGUUCUAGUUGGGAAAUUUACUCCACAAAUGCGUCGAUGUUGCUACUUUUUUAGCCAACUACUGACCGCGGACGAACAAGCAGACAGAAAGCAGAACACGGCUUGGAAAUGCCACUGAAGUUCUUGAAAAAAUGUCGUCAGUACAAUGUUACGUCGAAGAGUUUGUUUGUCAUAUCAGUGCAUCACCUACUGGACACCUCCAGCACGGUGGACUGCACGAUCAGCUCGGAGAGCAAGGGACAGGAAUGCCUGGACAACGUUUGCCAGCGUCUGCUGAUCCAGCAGCCGGAGUUUUUCGGACUGCGGUAUCUGGUGAAGGGGAAGGACAAGGAAGACGAGUUCAAGUGGAUUGAUUUGGAAAGAUCACUCAGCCGUCAGCUGGAAAAGUACGCGGUAGGGCCGAAGAUCUUCUUGCGUGUGCGCCACUACGUAACCACGGGCGUGCGUCACCUGAGCGACGAGGCCACUCGUUUUUACUACUUCCUUCAGCUGAAGAGCGACAUCUACGAGGGACGCAUCGCUUGUGACAUCCGCACGGCCAUCCUUUUGGCGCUCUACUGCCGUCAAGCCGAGUACGACAGCUAUCAGGGCGACAAGCAGAGCAAGGACUACCUAAAGAAGUCACUAGUUCUGCCGCGCAACAUGCAGGGCUUGGCCAACGACGACAGCAUGCUGGAGGGUCUGAUCAUGGAGGUCCUGCAACAGCAGGCUGGGCUGGCCCAUUUGGGCCAAAGCCAGGCGGAGGAGAUGUACAUACAGUGCUGCCAACAACUGGACGGCUAUGGGGAAGAGCGCUUCGCCGCCAAGGACACGCUUGGCAACGACCUGUUGUUGGGUCUCGCUAUCAACGGAAUGGUGGUGAGCGCGGACAAUGGGCGGCAGUAUUUUCCGUGGAAGGACUUCCACACGGUGACCAUUGACAAGCGAACGAUUAAGAUCGAGCAGAACAAGGUGGACGGCGGAGGCAGCAUUGUGGGCAGCUUUAUUUUCAGUGAAGCAGACACGGCUCGGUACUUCUGGAAGCUUACCAUAAGUCAGCAUAAGUUUUUCAAGCGCUACAUCGACACCGCCACGCCGUCGAGCUUGGGAAGUGGUGUCGACGUUGAGAGUGGUCAGCUGGGAGUAGAUAGCGUCGGUUACGUCGAGUAUGACUACGCGGAAGCGGCAGCUGCAGAACAACAGGAGCAUAUCCAAAAGCAGCAACAGAUUCAGCAGCAGCAACAGAUGAUUUCCUCGAAUAUUUCCUUGACCGCCAGUGCCAGCCAGUUAUUGGGGCAAAGCAGUUCUUGUCUGGACCUAAGCAACAAUAACUUGCACAGCAGCAGUGGAAUGCUGCACCACGGAAGUAGCAGCAACAACAAUAAUAACAUCGAGGAACGAGAACGCCUAAAAGCGAUGCUGCCCACAUACCGUCCUGCGCCGGAUUAUGAGACGGCGGUGCAACUGAAGUACCGCACACCUUCGACGGAGCUCCACAACGUGGCACUGGCGCUAUCCCCACCCGGGAACACCUACUAUGCGGGCUCGCAGCCCGAUGUUCACAAUCCUGGCGUGUACAACGAGAGCAUGCUGUAUGGUCACCUGACUGCGCAUCGAUAUCCGGAUGUGGCUCAGCCGGCAGUUGCCCUGCACCACCACAUAAACCUGUACCAGGCGCAGCAGCAACCGCAGUCACAUCCAAUGAGCACAGCGCAGGCGUAUAUGGAGCUCUCACAGCGUAUGCACAUGAUGCGUCACAAGGCGCCACCGCCGUAUGUCAACCGGCUGAGUUCCUCCUCAACGCCCGAUCUAGCCGUGGCCACCCCCCGUCCGUUGCAGGGCUAUCGAAACUAUGUAAGUGGAUCAUCGCCGGAUCUAGUCUCCAACCGGACGCUCUUCAAUGGCGGUCAGUUCGUGGCCCUGACCACUGGUGGACAUAACGGCAACAUUCCCACCUCUUCCGGGGCCACUAUGCUGCAUCAGUACCAGUAUGUGAGCCACAUGGGGCAUUCGCAGCCCUAUUUGCCCCCGCACGGAACCUUUGAGAACCUCAACAUGAUCGAGGAACAACCGUCCAUUAUGUCUCAGCUGCGUCAGUCGGCGAUGAGCCAGGCAGCGGCUGCCGCUGCGGCGAUUACCCAGAGUUCGCCUACUCAGCCUCCGAGUGGAUAUCGUAGUUCGGUACAAGCGUCAGACAGCAGUCAGCUUCCACCUCCGGUGAUUGCGCCGUCGCUUAAGUCGGCUACGCCUGCGCCCCUUCAGAGGAGCUUAGUGAAUGGGUCUAUCGAGCCCAUCUACGAAAACGUCCCCCUUCCUAUGCGUCAGCGAGCCUCGUCGAUACAGUCCGCUCCAGGUGUUGUCCCCGUUCCGGCUGCGCGGAAUGCCAGCUCCAAAAACCUUGUCACUGUCACAGUUAAUUCCCAGCCUGACGAGGGAAACAUACAAAAUUACGGGGCGGACCGCGCUGCCAGCACGGAGCUGCUUUUUUUGGAGCCUCAGGCCCCUAAGCGUUCCACCAGAGCCACAAGCGCUGCUCCGGAUAUGGGAGCCACGUCUCCUUCACGACAACAUCGCGCAACAGCUAGCCUGAACAAGUCGACUAUCGACGUCAUCACGCCGGCCGGAGACACACUGCAACAGCAACUUAGUGCCAUGAAUAUUUCUGCCAAUACAUCCGCUUCCACCAGCUCCGUAUUUAACUCGACCUUGGACACUACGUCCUCAUCGGCAGCCAGCAAGGACUCAAAGCGCAAGAAGCGUUGGAACUUCUUGUCACGUAGCAAAACUCCCGACAAACAAAAGUCCGCCACACUCGGCAGGGAAAAAGCCACGACCGUAGGCCAGCACGCUAAGCUGGCAGCGAAGCUGAAGCUGGCCCAAGAUGAUCUCAACGUGCCACAUCGUUGGUCAACGGGCGUAAGCAAGCCGCAGCCCAUUUCCGGGAGGUGUUCUAAGGACAAACUGUGCCAAAUACUAGAUGAGAAGCUCAAUGACUCCCAGUUGUUUAUGGAGUUUGAACGUAUACCGAAGCGUCGGGAGAACGCGUUAUAUGAAUGUGCUCUUCUUGAUGAGAACGAGCCAAAGAAUCACGAUCCAAACUUUUUGCCGUAUGAUGACAAUAGAGUGCGACUGACUCCUUCAAUGGACAAUCGUCACGGCUACGCUAAUGCCUCGUACAUAUCUGCCACUGUGGGCACUAAGCAGAGGUUUUACAUUGUGGCUCAAUCCCCACGAGAGUCGCUUACCAUGCGAAUCUUUUGGCAGUGUGUAUGGGAGGCAGAUGUUUACCUGGUUGUUCAGCUAACCGAGGAUAUGAGCUAUAUUCCUCUCAGCAGUCAGCAGCGUCUGGAGUUUGGACAGUUCCAAGUAUAUCAGGAAUUCUCACAAACCAGCGACCGUUGCACCACUAUUAAGUUGCGCCUUUACCACGUACCAUCACGUCGGUACCGUUCCGUUUGGUAUCUGCAGUAUGCAGACUGGGCAGAGCAGAAUUGUCCCCGCGACGUUAAUCACUUUCUUGAUUUUCUCGAAGAGUUGAACUCAGUAAGACUGGCAUCCACACAGGAAGUUCCGCCGGGACACAACACAAACCCACCGGUCCUUAUACACUGCCUGGAGGGAGGGGGACGCUCUGGAGUAACCUUGACAGCUGAUCUUCUGCUUUAUACCCUGGACCACAACGAGGAUCUAGAUAUACCUCGUGUAAUUGGCCAACUACGACAUCAACGGGACAGCAUUAUACCAUCCCUAGCGCAAUACAAGUUUAUAUACAAUCUGCUCAUUACCUAUUUAAAACGAACUAGGUUGAUUUAGGGUUGAAUUUUAACAAAUGGAAAACUUGGCUAAAAGUAUUUUAAUCAUCUAAGAUAAAAUUCCUCAAAAGCGAACAAUUUUAUUGUAACUCAGUUAAAAUAUUACUUUUAUCGGCAGCUUUUAACCCCCAAAAUCUUCAACAUUUUGUAGUAACAUGUUUAUAAGCUUUAGAUUUGCUACAUGAACUAAACCCAUAACGAUGGCUACUGCAUAAACAUAUGUGUAUAUAUACAGAUAGCGUCUUGUUUUUGAUUAGCCUGAUAGUUUGCCAGUUAACUUAUCACAGCCGCUAAAGUUUAAAGGCGAUUCGUUAAAUUGUGGUUUUACUGUGUAUUUUUUAAAAGUACGAAAUAAAAAUAAAAAAUCUACACGAGUUAA